AUGGCAGUACCAAGUGAACUAGAACAACAUCGCUUUAAUAAAUAUCAGCAAUCGUUUAAUAAGCCUCAUGACUUGAGUUGGCAUCAAGAAAUCUAUAAGAAAUAUGGCUAUGAACCCAAACACAAAAAUCCAUCUUAUUUUGGGCCUUAUUUGUUAUUGCAAACAUUAGGUGAAGGUGAAUUUGCUAAAGUCAAGGCCGGAGUUCAUGUAAAGACAAAUCAAGAGGUGGCUAUCAAAUUAAUGAGAAAAGACCUUGUUAAACACGCAGCACUAGAGACAAAAUUAGAGAGAGAAAUCUCUGUUCUUAAAUCUGUUCGUCAUCCUUAUAUUGUUCAACUCUUUGAAGUCUUGACAAUAAAGAAUUAUAUUGGCAUUGUAUUACAACGUGCAGCAGGUGGUGAAUUGUUUGAUUAUAUAUUAAAACAUCAUUAUUUACAAGAAACGGAAGCAAAGCGAUUAUUUGCUCAGCUAAUCAGCGGUGUUCAUUACAUGCAUCAAAAGCAUAUUGUUCAUAGAGAUCUUAAGCUGGAAAAUCUACUUUUGAGUAAAGACCGUAAUAUUAUCAUUACUGAUUUUGGAUUUGCGAAUCGUUUUCAAGUUGCUCAAGAAGAUUUAAUGGUCACUUCAUGCGGUUCACCAUGCUAUGCUGCUCCUGAACUAGUGAUCAAUGAUGAUAGCCAUUAUGUAGGCACAGCAGUCGAUAUUUGGUCGUGUGGCGUAAUUCUGUUUGCCAUGCUGUGUGGUUAUUUGCCCUUUGAUGAUGAUCCAAAUAACCCUCAGGGGGCUAAUAUCAACGUGUUGUACAAAUAUAUAGUGAGCACUCCACUUGAAAUACCGAACACCAUGAGUGUGGAUGCAACCCACCUGCUUCGUCGGAUGCUUGUACCGGAUCCUACUAAGAGAUGUACAAUGGAAGAAAUUCGAUCGCAUCCUUGGUUAAGCGAUCACUGGGAUUUGCUGAACCAGUCCAUUGAAGAGCUUGAGCAACAAAUGGAUCACCUGACUAUUUCGGAUCCUCAGCCCGUUGUUGUGGUUGCUCAACAUGACCCACCACCACCCACUCUACCACCAAAACCUCCUGUACCUGCACCUACACUUUCUACAAUUGAAAAACCAAUUGCUAUUGUGCCUGUUUGUACUACACCUCAAGAAGAUGAUGAAAUACCUUCUCUUGAAGUAAAGAGUGUCACUUUAGAACAACCACCUGCUACUUCAUUCCUUCAUGAUAAAUUCCUGAAGCUUCAACGUCGUGUCUCAACAAACUCUCAUUCUUCCUCUUCUUCUUCAACAAAAAGACAGUCUAUCUAUAACGACAAGAUACCCGACCGCUCACAAAGCGUUCAACCUCAAAAAGCACGUCGUGAUAGAACUAUUAGUGAAAGUUAUACUACUUCUAUAGAUGUCAAGAAAUCAUCUCAUCACCAAUCACUGCAUAUUCUACCCUCUGUUUCAGAGCAAUCAACAGUGACCCUCUCAGCUCAUAAAAGAACAAAAGGACAAAAGCUCAUGGACUGGUUUAAACGUAAACCAUCACAAAGUACCAAAUUUCCUCGUUCAAAUGCAGCCAAUCAUACGCAUAUGCCAGCAAUCGAAUCAUUAGACAGAUUUCCAUUACCAGAACGACCUAUCAGCGCACUGCCUAACCCUAUUCGCGCCAUGCCAAUUGGUAAGCCGUUGGGUUCCUAUGCUGCAGAUUUCAAUGACUCCAAACUCCGAUUACACAAAGGUGCUGUAGAUCAAGAUGCACUCACUUCCAAAGCACCCAACGAAGUAUUGCAGACAAUCAAGGAGUCUUUGUCCAUAAUGGGCAUAGGCAUGAAACGAUGCCAUGACUUCAAAGUCAAAUGUGUACGUCCUGCUCGUCAACAUCAUGGUCAGUAUAGAUCAAGAAAAAUCAGUGCUGCACCAUUCAAAUUGUUCUUUCACCCUAAUGCUACGCAUAGCUCAAAUGAUAGAAGGACUCAAGCAGCAGGAAAUGUCAUUUAUGGCGAGCAAGGCAUUGAUUCCGGUGAUGAAGUUCAAUUUACAGUGGAAUUAUCCAAGAUUGAAAACUUGCCCGGACUGUAUGUGGUAGAUAUCAGAAGAACCCGUGGUAACAUUUGGGCCUUUAAGUUCCUGUAUCAUACAUUACUCGAUUUAUUGAAUUUGAGUGGUCAGAGUGGUAUGGGGUACAUGGCUCAUCGACGUGUGUCGGAUGCAGAAAUAGAGAAUCAAGACCAGCAAAAAAACCGUAUUAGUUAUAUGACUACUAGUAGCAGUAGCAGCAGCAUGAUGGUUUUUGAAGAGUCACAUAAAUAA